CGUCUUUAUCAAAACACCACCACUCACACCCCUACAGAGGGAAAGUGAGGAAUCGCAAUCAUGGCAGAAGGAAAUGGAGUCACGACUCUGCCGGCGACGCUGGAGCAGGCAUCGCGAGCGCCAGCACCACCACCGCCGCCGCCGAUCCAACGAGAACAGCGCGAGAAGAAGGAAUCCCUCAAAAAACGCGAGAGCAUGGGCCUGGGCGCUUUUGAGGACAAGAAGUCGACUUCGAGUUUGGGAAAGAGGAAAGCGAGCACCAAGCAGCACACAUAUCCAUCUCCCAUGCGAUUCAGCGUACCACCACCCAAAGCAGAAGCAUUCGAAGAGCCGAAAGAAGACUCGAUGGUCUCGCACGAGCCUGUUCCUCUCACCAUGCCCGACUCUGAUCGACAACUGUACAAGCCCAUCGAUCUUGCCGAAAACAAGAGAGGCUAUCGAUACUCAAGAGCCAUUGCAGACCCGACAUUCCCGCACAAGCAAUUCUACCGAUCAACUUCUCCUCCUCCUCAUUACGCGCGAUUGAGCUUUGAAGAUGCCGACAAGUGGAUGCACUUUACCACCAAUGCCCUUGUCACCACCAAUGAGAAGGGCUGGCGUAUGGUCAGAUCAAACGUGUGUGCCAGAGAAGGCACUCUAUAUUAUGAGAUCAAGGUGCAUCGAGGCGUGCCGCCUGAAGGUCCUGAUCCAGCCGCGAACGGGCCCGAGCCUCAUGUGCGCUUCGGCUGGGCUAGACGAGAAGCUCCGCUGGACGCACCGGUAGGCUUCGAUGGAUACAGCUACGGUAUCACGGACAUUAGAUUUGAGACCAUGCAUCGCAGCAGACCGGGCAAGUUCUACAACCCCAAGAAGGCCAAAUCUAAGGCCGCUGCAAAGAAUGGCCCCACGCCACUCGUACUUGCGCCUGAAGAUCAGCACGUCAAAGAAGGCGACGUGAUUGGAGUUGAAAUCCAGCUUCCCUCACUUUCUUUGCACCGCAAAGUGGUCGACGGCAUAUAUAACCACGCCGUUGACUCUGGCGAUGGCUUCGAUCAGGGCUCACAUCAAGACGCCGACACGCAACCCAUGGACAUCAUUCGCGAUCGCAUACCAGUCGCGUACAAAGGUAACAGCUAUUUUGAAGUACUUGACCACGUCGCGUCAAAACCGAUGGAGAUAUACGCCGAUAGAACGACGAAUCUCAACCACCUACCUACAAACGGACCAAGCUCGAAUAAAGAAAGCAUCAAGACAGCACCAAAUCCUCACAACGAAUAUCCUGCUUUACGAACUCUGCCACAUAGUGCCAUUAGGGUCUACAAAAACGGCAAAUUGAUCGGCGUCGCUUUUGAAAACCUCUUGGCGUUCUUACCCCCUGCAAGUGCUCCAAGCAAGACGAUGGGUGCCCGAGAGGGUUUCGACGAUGGACUCACGGGAUAUUUUCCAGCAGUUUCUUGCUUCUUCGGCGGAAUAGUAGAAGUCAAUUUUGGAGACUCUGCCAACGGUUUCUGGUGUCCGCCUGCUCAUCUUCGAAAUACACGCGACACGACUUCAGCGGCAGCAGCAGGUCAGGGACCAGACAUAGAUAUGCCCGAUGCGGGCGCUGAUGCGAGCGGGAGAAAGAAUGGAUGGAAUCCUGGGAGGCAAUUGAGAGGGGUGGGAGAGAGGUAUAAAGAGCAGAUUGCCGAAGAUAUCAUCUGGGAUCUGAUCGACGAGGCGGAUUUCUUCGUACAAGAUGGUGGAUAUGACGGUGUGGUGGGGAGUGGAGCGGUAAAUGGAGAUGAGAGAGGUGCCCCAUCUUCUGUUGUCAAAGGUAGCAGAUUAAAAGAGGAGGAUUGAAGCAGACUGUAAUUCCAAGUGCAAAGCUUGGUCCUCCCAUCCCUUCCAAUACUAUUGUUCCUGGACACGGCAUGAGUCUACCCGACAUUAUUCGCAGAGGAAUCAAUCGAAUAGUUAGCCUUGUAUCGGAUCUGAUACUGAUGAGAGACCGUGAAAGAAGAUUGACAAUUUUGAUGCUCGUAGGAGGGUGAGAAGGUCUUGAUACUCUACAAAAUUUGGACUUACAGGAGGCAUGCUUGUGCUACUCCAUAUACCUUGGGACUGACUGACCUUUGUUGCAGACCGCAGCCAACUCUUUGCGCUGGUCAAUUGUGGUGCCGAUGAAUCGGUUUCUACAUUUCCAUAUUCACAGAUGAUGCAGGCUAUGGAAGCUCCAUGGCUGACCUAGUCAUCUCAACCAUACCCACAUGGACCGGAACCUCGCCGACACUGUCAUUUGAUAACACUGUCGAUGCCUUCGCAGCUGCUGGAUCUCGACACUAGCAAUGAGAGGCCUUUGGCACAGACGGCUGCGAUUCUUGGGGCUACCUUCGUCUCGGUCGGCAAACCAGGAGAGGUAACUGGUACAUUCCAAGGGGUAUAUUGCAGCUGUGCGGCUGACUUGUAGGCAAAGCCCCAGGAAGUGGUGCGCAAGUCCUUUGGGCACGCUGAAGAAGAUGGGAUUUCUUCUGAAGGGAAUGUAUUUCAGGGCUCAUUGGGUCAAA